AUGUGUGCAUAUCUUUGUGCUCCAGAAAGACUGCAUCUGCCCUACACACCCUUGAGCACUGUAUGUCAGGUGCGCAACAAAUUCCACUUCCGCGAGGCCUGCCGACAGGCGGCUUUGCCCAGUUGCCGCUGCGCCAAUGUCCACCGGAAGGAUGAGCUUCUCGUGGCUUUGGAGAAGGAGUGGAAAUAUCCCUUGAUCUUGAAACCUGCACAAGGUACAGGGAGUUACUACUGCCGAAAAGUGGAGUCCAAAGACGAGCUCCUGGAGAUUUUCGAUGCCUUGGAUGAAGGACAGCUUUUGGAAUGUGCUGUCAGAGAUGACGCAGGUCAUACUCAAGGCACGAUAGUGGUGAAGGUGCUGGAGAAGAGGGCCACGGGACCGGCAGGACACUUCGUAGACUGUCAGUACCUGUGCGCCUCUGACUCCCACUAUCGUUGGUGGGCUACUGAAGGACCAGGGCGUUCCCUGAGAAAGAAGGCGACCUACCACUUCUGCGACGGCAAUUCCCAUGAGUGUCAAGAGAAGUUGGGGAGGCAGAAGUUGAUCUAUGUGGAGACCUUUCGUCUUCUGACGGAUGAGGUCAAUCAGAGCAAGUCGCCGGGCUGGCUUUUCACCAGACCAUGCUUUGCCAUCAUGGGACCCCACCUGAAGGAUCUCACCAAGGAAGAAACACCAGGUGAGGGGGAUGGUUUACCCUGGGUUGACCAGGAGGAAAAAGACUCAUCUGAUGGGUCAGACUCCUCUGAGGAUGAAGGUCGUGAGGACAUGCGCAAACAGAUCAGUAGAUUGAAGAGGGAGCUAGCAGCAGCUGAGGAGAACUAUCAGAAGAAGGGAGACCAGCGCAAGAGGCCUGCAUCGGGCGACAAAAAGAAGAAGAAGAAGAAGGAUAAAAAGAGGAGUCGCAGUCGCAAGAGGCGGCGUUCAAGUUCAGCUGACUCCCCAAAGAAGGAGAGGCUGUUUGGAGGUGGCAAGUCCAGCAGCGAGGACUCCAGCUCACCAGGACGCAAGGGUGACAGGGGACCUUUUGGGGCUGCUGAGAAGGAGCGCUUUGAUGACAGAAGGCGCGAAGACUCUUCGGAUGAAGGAUCAGUUUUUCGGGAGGCCUCCACCCAGGGAGCGGCGACGAACCAGUUGAAGCUGACCGAGUACAGCCAGAGGUACCCGGGUCGACUGGCCGCCAAGUUGCUUCUUCGGAUGCAACGAGAGUCGUCGUUGUCCUCGGUGGGGGCCACCCUGUACGCCCGCAGCAGCUCUGCAUUACUUGCAGACAAUGAUGCUGCCAACUCUGGGGCAGAAGGUGAACGUGAGAGCGGGGCGCGAACUGCGCACGCUUUGCACGGUGUUGGACUUGAUGGCACAAGAAAAGAUGCCUCAAGCGGCAGACAUCGUAGCCCAACGGGUAAAAGCCCUAGAAAGAGCCUGCAGCGAAGGCCACAGGGGAGCAGCUCAAUUCUUGGAGCUCAUCGGGGGGAGCAACAGGGUCUCCUCGAUCGAGCAGAGCAGUAUUACUUGAGCAAGGAGUUCCUGCUGGAGCAGAAGCUGAAAGGGUUAGAACGGAGCAAUCCCCGGCAGGGGAAAGGCGAUCAGAAGGGCUUCAAGGGAAGAGGAGGCAAAGGAGAUCGCGAGAAGGGACCGGAGAAUUCCGAGAUUGAUGUUGAGGAGGCACGCAGAACAUGGCGUGGCACUUGGGGGAAGUUUAUGGAGAAGGAGAGACCGGCCUUGGAAGUACUGUCAGUUUUAUUUCAGAGACUGCACCUGCUGGAGAGUCCCUUGGGAAAACUGGCAAAAGCUUUUAAGCAGAAGGACAUGCCUCCCAGGGCAGAUUGCCCUAAGACCCGUGGAGAUGAUCUCCUUCCCAUGGACCUCACAGCAGUGCAGGAGUAUCUGACUGACCUUCUGGUUGAGGAAGUCGAGGCCAUCAUGCUGGUAGUGCUAGGGCUGAACUACAUGUGGCUCGGAGGGCGCGAUAGUGAGCGCUAUCGGCCUGAGAGGGACCGCCUUACCAAAGCUCAGCGACAGGCGGUGAGUCACCUGGCCGAGAGAGUCAGAGAUCUGGGCAGUGUUGACAAGAGAUGCCCAGACAUGUUGACUGGGCGGUCACAGCUGGUUGAGGCCAAAUUUGACUAUGGCGGUGAGCCCAUCAUGUCAUUAGAAGAACUCAAGGCUGAACAGGUGAUCCCAGUAUGGCCGGCAGUCGGAGAAGCCGCCGUUCAGCAUGUCACAGCUUACCUCCCAGAUGAUCUGAGGGAGAGAAUAGAGAACCCUGAAAGCUGCCUGCUUCCAAAGGAGGACUGGCCACACAAGCCACCAAAGAGCCCAGCCAGGGCUACGCAGGAUGAGUGGAAUGUCAUAGUCAAAGCAGCGGCAGCAAGGGGACUUAUGGUUCCGGUUGAGGAGCAGGAUGUAUUCCGCGACCACAACGGGACCAUGGUGCUCAAUGGGGCCGCCGGGGUCAAGAAGUUGAAAAAGAUUGGAGGUGAGAUGCGCUCAAUGCAGCGGUUCAUCUCGAACUUCAUUCCCAUCAACUCCUACCAGAAGCACCUCGAAGGCGGAGACAAGCACCUGCCUUACCUGGGGCAGCUGACGCUCUUGAACCAGGACGAAGAUGAUGUUUGGGUGGUGGAUUCAGAGGAUUUUGUUUACCCUGCCAUGGCAGUAGUGCCAAUGGGUUGGAUCAAUGCUGUGUCAGUGAUCCAGGCAGUGGUUCGGACCUUGGUGUUCUCGGAAUCAGAAAUACCUGAUGAAUCAGAGAUUUCGAAGUUGAAGCGCCUCCCGGAAACAGAUGACCUGUCGGUUAUCUAUCUGGACUCCUAUGACGAGCUGAGGCGUCUUGACCGGCAGUGCGCCGAGGUCCUCCAAGGAGUCGCAUCACCGCGGCACAAGAGAUUCCUAAAGGUUUGCCAAGAAAAAGGACUACCUCUUAAUGAGGGAAAGCGUCUGGUAGCAGCAACGAAGGGGACCCUCCAAGGAGGAGAAUUGCAGGGAAAAGAGGGCUGGUACAAGCUCGCGGGCGACAAGCAGAUCAAUUUGGUUGGCCUGGGGAGCUGCCUGCUUGGGUUGCCAGAAUGGAGAGAAUUUGAUGUUCGUCACUUCUUUGGGAAGGCUGUUUUUGGAAUGUGCUUUCGAAGGGUGCUCCUCUCCGUGUUACAGGAUGGUUUCCAUUUUCUGGGUGAUGUGCUCCAGGCCAAGAAGGCGCUAUGCCCUACUCCAGGCGCCAUGGACGAGGUCAUCGUGACAAUGGCGUUCACUGCGCUUAUGGGAACGUCCCUCAAGAGCGAACUGGAAAAGUUCAUCUACUGUUCAGAUGCUUCACCCUCAGGAGGAGGCGUUGCAGUGUCCAGCCAAUUCAUGGAGGAGCCCUGGACUGAAAGACACGAAGGAAAAGAAUGUUGGGUGUGUCAGGGACCCUUUGAUCCUGGGUUUGAAUUUGCAUGCCCAGCACUAUGCCAGGUUGCACUGUGUUCACUUCAGUGUCUCAUGGAUCACCGCAACGGGCAGUGCCCUCCCGCCAAGGUUUGCAAGAGGCGUCACUUGGAGUUACCUCGCUUUGGCGAGAGAUUAGCUCGCCUCACAGAAGCAGUAGCCAUGGCGGGAACCAUCGAUGUCCAGGAGCCCUAUGACUGGCAUUGGGGCCACGAUUUCUUUACCCAGGAAGGGAAGGACCGCCUGGAGGAAUUGAUGACGGACCCAUUGUUGGCCGCGGAGCAUUGGGCCCCUUGCUGUAAACUUUUCAGCAAGGCCAGAGGGAGACCCAUUAGAUUGGAGGAUGGGACAGUGAUCCCGGGUCCACAACCCGUGAGAGACCAUCGCCACCUCAUGGGGUUCAACAAUGUGCCAGUUGGUAUGAAGGUGCGGCUCAGGCACUCCAACCAGAUGGCGUUGAAAAGCCUAAAGGCCUUGGAGGACGCACCACGCUCAACCCUCUAUGAGAGCCUUGAACAUCCUCACGGGAGUUGGCUGUGGGAAUCUACGCUCGCAAAGAAGUUGCUCGAAGCAGGUUACCUGCAGUCCACGGGCUCCCACUGGCACGAGGGUUUGAAGCCGUGCAAGGUGACCAGAGACGAGGAUGGGUACCUGGUGUACGACACAGCAGAGGAAGAGCAAUACCCUUGGGCCUUGUGCAGGGCAUAUGCAAAGGGCCUCAAAGAGCAGCUGAUGGAAGAUGGCCAUUUUGGCCGAGUGUUUCACAAACACCGAGUUCGGUGGUAUGCAGAGGAGCUGAAGCAGAGCACUGAAAGACUUGGAGAACCGCUAGUUAAUCUUGCGGCAGCCGAAGAGUUGGCGCGGUGGGAGAACAGCUUGAAACAGGGGGAAGAGGAACUGCACCUCCGCAAGCUGUUGACAAUGGCCUCUUACCGCGGUACUGACAUCCGCGCGUAUGUAACCGUGGAGGAUGAGGAUGCUACCCGGCAUGAAAUCCCUUACCCAGCCUUGUGCUGGAGAUGGAAAACGCUGAUGGCGUUUGCAUGGGAUCGCGAAGCUCACAUCAACGAAUUGGAGCUCGCCACUGUGGCAGCCCUCAUCAAGCAUCGAGGACGCAGCAGUGCCCACUUCCGCCGGCGCUGGAUUCUUAUCGUUGACUCCAUGGUCACGCGAGGUGCUCUCGCCAAGGGACGUUCCCCUUCACGCCGAUUGAAUCGGUUGCUCCGGCGAUCAGCAGCAGCUCUCCUGGCGACAGAAGGCGAACCUUUGAGCUAUGCAGGGCACUUGCUGUCAGCCCUCAAGCGGUUUCACCCUUAUCUCAAAUUCAAGUUGCCCGCGUUGAUGGGCUACGCCUUAUGUCAUCACCAGGAAGAACUGGGGUUGCUCAUUGGUCUCGCUCGGAUUCAUUGGGAUGCUGCGCGCAGCAGAAAUGCUGGCCCUGACGUUCCAGUUUCGGACCACCAAAUGGUGAGAAUGAUUCUUCGCUUGCGUGGCAAGCGUCACAAGCGCCUCCUGUGGGCGAAGUCUAAUCAGGCAUUCCGCAACGCCUUUGAUAGGCUGGUGAUGGGACUUGGCUUUCAUAGCCGAACCUAUGUCCCUUAUGCUUUGCGCCGGGGAGGUGAGCGGUUCCGCAGCGAGAAGAUAAUACCCGAGGAUGAUGUGAGUGCCGGCUGGAUCCUGGAAGAGUGGUUCAGCGGUCUGGAAGUGGAUGUGGAUGGCUGGGCCAAGGAUGGGGAAGUGGAAUGGAUGUUGGUCUCGGACAACAAGCCCGUGCUAAGCCAUGCCUGCUGUGAGACAGGUGGCGUGUAUCCAUCCCAGCUGCCCGAAGACCUCGUGGAACUGCUGCGGGAACUCACACGCAAAGUCGUCCUAGCGUGUCCUGGGCUGCAUUCCGUCUUCUGCUUUGAGGCCUUGAUCAACCCUGAAAGCAAGGCUGGGAAACGUGGUGAAGCGGCUUGCCACCACAGGGUCCCCCCAUUUAAUAGGGUUCGUGUACCCUGUGUUUCCAUGGCAUUGGCUUUGUUGACUGCCGGGGAACUGGAAGCCAUCACUACGGUGGCCCACGCCCGUGCAUGGUCGGGAUUGCCUGACGCCGUGUGGCAAGCCGUGGACACUUGCUUGGGUGGAGUCAACCAUCUAAGAGUCCUGGCAUUUAUCCCUACACUGGCCCUGCGCACAGCGUUGCGGACAGCGCGAGUGCCCACCCCCGUUGGCGACCCAGCGGAUGCCCACUACAUCCCAGCGGGAGAAAGGGACUUCACUGCGGUGGAGGGCACCCAGGUACUAGACCAAGCAGACGAAGGGGAGAUCCCGGAGCUAAGCCAGACGUCAGUGGAGGAGCAUUUCAAAGCCUUGCGGAAAGCCAAGGGGGGGCCGGUGCGGCCGGAAGCCGAGCCAUCCCCGGAUCAAAUAUCGGCAAUGAAAGUUAGGGUCUUGGACUUGGACUUGCCGCCCUAUGCGGACUUCGCCAUCUUCGUCAAUUUCCAGGGACGCUUCUCCAGGACCUUGAAGUUUUUGAAUCAUAUCCUCCAGCCGGAUGGCACCUUCAAGGCCGUGGAAGUGCCGGGCCCCCCCAGUUAUGAUGCGUGGCUUUCUUCAUGGCGCGUCUAUGAGAACACGCUACUUAUGCUGGAGAAGGAUGUGGGAGGCAACAAGGUGCCUGUGGCUACGGUGGCGGCCAUGGAAGCCUACAAGGAUGCUUUCCGGGACCUGGUCGUGUGUUACCCAGAGGCAUGGCAUCUCCUAGUGGUGGCGGAAGACCGUUGCCGAGGAGAGCAUUUUGUUCGCCUCAGGCGCGAGCUGGAAGAGAAGCACGCGCGGGGGUUGACGCACGACUACGACCCGGAACAACCGUUGAACGAGGUGUUCCGAGCAGCCUCCAAUGAUCGAGAGUUCUGGGACAGGCACGUCCGGGAACCAGCCCUUCUGUUCCGUACAGGAGGAAAACACCGGGACCAACCCGGAGGCACUCCAGAAGAGCCCACCGAAGAAAAAGAGGAAAUCCCAGAAGGGGCAAAGGGGAAAGGCCGCGGCCCGAAGCGCGACGGGCGCGGUCGGACUGCGGGACAGGACACCAGGUUUGGCCAUGACCUGACCCAGGACAAUGAAUUUCUCCAAGUCCUGGAGGGGCCAGCACCUGAUUGGCGACACAUGGCGCCCCCGUGCCGCACCUUCACCAAAGCUAGGCGAACGGACUGCCACGGGAGCUCUCAAGUGUUGAGGACCGAAACCCGGCCGGAGGGAUUCGGAGAUCAGCAGACGGAUGAGGCCAACAUCAUUGCUGAUAGAUGUGUAAGUUUGGCAGAAAACCAGAUGGACGAAGGCAAGUGGUUCUCUCUCGAGAACCCGGAGCCUUCUUACAUCUGGAACCUCGAAUCUGUCAAACGCCUCCGCAACCGGCCAGGCGUCACGUUGGUUGGCUUGGACCAAUGCGCAUUCGGUGGCCCUUUCAAGAAGUCAACCGGAAUUCUAACCAACUGCCCAUGGCUGAUGAGGCAGCCACGAUGCGGGGACGCACCCAGGCACACCCACACCAAGUUAGAGGGCCGGAUAUGGUCAUAUAGGGAGAACAGGGAGGUGUGGAUGACCGCCGAAGCGGCGGAGUACCGGACAGGUAUGUGCGAAGCAUGGGCAGAAGCAUGGUUGGAGUGGCUGAAGACACACAAAGACAAGCCACACCCGGCGCGAGGAGUUGCUGCCGCCUCUAAAGGCAUGACAGGGGCAGAACAGGAGUUCCAAAGAAGAAAAGGAACUCGAGGUUGGCGCACUUGGGGUGCACGAGCAUCGGCGGCGCUUGAUGAAGUCCUUAGGGGGCUGCCUGAGGCCAUCACCUUAGCAGAAACCAUAGGCACUGAAAUGGCACAAGCCGACGCCGUGCAGGCCCGUGCAAUUUUGGAAAAGAUGGGCGACGCAGGUGCAGAAGCACUGGCCAAGAUCACAAAUGUGGGUCCGGAAUGGCAAACGAAGGGUCCGACCCAGUGGCGGUGGAAAUUGAUGGAAGCCAUCACUAACCAAGUCCAGGAUCCGGACGUGGAUGUGCCCAGAUGGUUCGGAGGAGACACCCCAUUGGGGAUAAACUGCCCAAUUACACCCAGGGGCAUUUUCCCGCCGUCUCCACCAACAAAAGCUCAGCGCGACAGCGCCGAAGAUUGGGCACUGAGGGGCGGACAGGUCGAGGUGGACAGGAACUACAAAUCCUUCCACGACAACGAAGCGGAGUCUACGGAAGAGCUCAAACGCUUGGUUGAGGAAGGGCAUCUGGAAAUUAUUGGACCAUGGUCCCAGGUGGCAGCCAGGUGGCCCAAGGCGGUAGGAACCAAGCUGGCCACAUUGGUCAAGGUCAAAGCUGAUGGUUCCACAAAAACCAGAUUCGUGGCUGACAUGCGCCGGUCUGGAGUAAAUGGGCUCGCAAAGGCUGAUGAGCGCAUUAUACUUCCCAGAGGGAGCGAUCUGAUCAGAGUCUACGUGGACGACCCCAUUGUGGCCUUGAGCGGCCCCCGAAACCACAAAAGCCACUUGAUAGCAAAGAUCCUGACACUAUGGAGUUCCCUAGGAGCACGGGUGGCCCUGCACAAAGCCUCCAGGGGACCCAAGGUGAAGUGGAUCGGCGCCCAGUUCAGGGUCUUUCCUGGCGGGGUGGAGGUGUCCAUUGACCGCGAGAGAAUUGACAAACUCCUGAAGGUAACCCAGCAAGGGUUGGGACACCAAGGAUUGGUGUACAAUGUCAGGAGUCUCGCAGGGGAACUGAGCUGGGUGGCCGGCAUCAUCCCAGCCAUCAGGCCCUUUGUUAACAUGGUUUGGGCUGCCACCUACGCAAUGGACAAGCAACCUGAACAGGGUGCGUCUAAGACCACUCCAAGAAGGCGGCCGCAGGAUGCAGUUUUUGCCAAGAUGGUGAGGCUGCCUUUCAAGUGGCUAAGGCUGUUUCUCCAGGGACAUGUUGGGGGCCUCACCCGCAGAAGGCUGCUAUGGGACAGGUAUGCUUCAACCCAAUGGGCCAUCCGGACAGACGCUUCAACCACCGGAUUGGGAGGCAUUUUGUUAGAUGCCAAUGGACGCCCGACCAGGUGGUGGGCCUGCCCCCUACCCGACCGCGCCCUCCAGCACUUGAACAUCGAGCCAGGAGUCCCCGGGCUCAUGACGGUCUACGAACUCCUGGCUUUGCUCUUUUCGGUUAUCAUCUGGGGGGACCGCGUUCGGAACUGUCGAUUAGGCAUCGCCGCCCAACUAGACAGCGAAUCCGCACUGCGGAUUGCUGUCAAGCUAGCCUCUCCCAACCCAAAAGCAAACUUGGUAGCUGCAGAGCUGGCACUAAGAACAGAACAGCUCGGGUUGGAUACUAUCCUCGGCCAGCAUUGGCGCAACACCAUUAAUUUGGAAGCCGACGCCCUAUCAAGGCUCGCAGAAGGCAAGACAGUCCCAGCUCGACUGCAGCCACUUCCCCGAGACCAGCUACCACAUGGACAUUUGUUCCUCCUGGGGAACCCCCUUUCGGACCCUUGGCUGUCGCGACCGGGUCAAGAGGCCAAGGAGAAGCGACCAGAACCGUCCACAACGGACAGGACAAAACCCGCCGGCGGGUGGGAGACGACAGGACAGUGCCCCACGCACGGAGCCCGGGCCUGCGGGUGGACCACAAGUCACGUACACGUCGGCCAGACCGGGGAUGGCCGAGCGGGGAAGGCACGCCUUUGCCUCCCUGGACAUCCGUGCACGGAGACCACUCACACCCCGGGAGUGGAUGGAACCCGACGGCUCUGGGCCUUGGACUGGGUCAUGACAAAGAAGGGCCUACUUCAGUAUCUGGGUCUGGCCCCGCUCUCCCACAGCGGGGAAGGCGAGACGGAGGACACAACAGACCCUCAGGUGCGCGGAUCGUCUCUGACCGGUGCGGGAAGGCUCCCGGCACCGGAUGAUGCGCUUGCCCGAAGACAGGCAGAGGCAAGGCCUCGACAGGCCAGCGCCGGGCCGCCGCCCGCCGCGCGUGGUGAAGGACCACGGCCCGUAGCUGCCAAGGCGCGGGACCUUACCCCACGGGAAGGACCGGCGCGCGCAGCUUCCCCGGCUCGCAGACGCAGCCGCACCCCGCUCAGGGCGGAGGAAGAGGGACCGUCCGGCAGCGGAGAGAGACGCAGGAGGGUGGACGGUGCUUCACGCCGAACACCACCCACCCGGACGGAGCACGGGCGCGCCGGGGCCGGGGCUGAAAGUCGUGAGAAGGAAGCCCAGGAAGAAUAUGAGUAUUAUUCAGAGGACGAGGAAGAGGAGGAAGAGACUUGCCCGGACCGUGAGGAAGAAGAUGACCGCUGGGAAUCAGGCAGGCGGCCCCCACCUGAACCCCCACUACCCCAAGGGGGAAUUGGGACUGGAGUACCUGCGACGUCAGGGGAUGUGGACGCCCGGCCCGUGGGCCGGAAGGAAAGGGAGGAGGACGCGGCAAACCCGGAGGGCGGGGACCGGCCCGGAAAGGGUAACCGGCGGAAGAAGCCGGGCAAGGCCCUCCGGGACCGCGAACGAAACAUGUACCGGCAGGGAGCCGGGAAGGGAGGUCGCAAACCUCCCGACUCAAAACAUGGAGACAAGGCCUUACGGGAGCUGGAGAGGUCGGCCGAGCUGUAUCUCAGCUCCGCAAUGACCAGGCACCGGAGCCUGUACGCGGUGACCCACCCGCUACAGAGCGCGCAGCAGGAGGCCAUCAGGAUCAGCAGGGUCUCAGAGCUAACAGCGCUGAACGUGGAAGACGUGUGCCAAAGGCAAGGAGCACGCCUCCAAGCGGGGCUGUGGAUCAACCGCUCCAAGACCGACCAGGAAGAGGUCGGAGUCCUGGUUAGCCGCGACUGUGUGUGCGAAGACCCUGCCGCUGCCCCGUGGUGCCCAGCACACUUGCUAUGGAAGGUCGUCUGUAGCAGGAAAGAUAUGAUGCACAAAAUGGGCACCGUGUCGGGAAAGGCGCCGCUGUUCACCGACGCGGAGGGCAAAAGACUCACGGCGGUCACGGGAGCAAUCCUCGGCUUUGCGGCAAAUCUCUCAGAGGAGGAGGUGCGGGCCUUAGGCCGCUGGACCAGCACAAAGGCCAUGAAGAACUACCUAAGGGGCACGCCAGUAGUGAAGUCUUCGGCGGCCUCCAUCCCGAUGGCAAAUCCCCUCAUGCAGGGGGUCGUGCGGGACCUUACCAGUGCCCACUUCCGCAGGGCGCUGGAUAUGACACCGGAGCCGGAGCAGGGCCCGGAGAAGCCAGCCGGACCCGAGGGACUGCUGGCGGUGCGACACAACCUGACGGGAGUGCUGCAUCGAGCCGGCAGCAUGGCCGGACCACCACAGACAUAUUGGUGCGGAUGGAAAUGGGCGGCCGCGGGAUGCGCGGGAGCCUUCACUACGUCCGAUGGCACCCCGUGCAGCAGGAAGCCUGAUGGAUCGGAGAAGACCAAACAUCCAGCAGCGCUCGAGGUGAUGCCCGUCGAGCUGAACUUACGCCCCGGUGGGGCUGAGUGCCCCUGUGGGGUGGAGGCAGUCACGGGAAUCUUCCUCCCCGUGGCAGCUGCGCGCUUGGCGCUGGGACAGCCGUUUCCAUGGCCCGUGCACUGCGCACCCAAGGUCAAGGUGGCUGCAUCCACCAAUGAAUAUGCCAGUCACGCUGGCAUUGUGGAAGCCUGUGAAGGGUCAGAGGAGCCAAUAGCACUCAGGGCAAGGCCCAUCCCACUGUUCUUGGAUGAUCCCUGA